GCAAGGAGCAAAAAGCCAACACAAACAACAUGACUGACUAUGAGGUUGCAACUGCCUUUCUCGGGGAAUGGGGACAUUUCCAGCAGCAGGUGUUUUUCCUACUCUGUCUCACCGUCAUCCCUAACGGUUUCAGCGGCAUGUUCAUCGUCUUCGUCGCCGAUACGCCGCCCCACCGCUGCGUCAUUCCCGCAAACGUGAACCUGACGGCGGCGUGGAGGAACCACAGCAUCCCGCUGGAGCUGGACAGCAACAGCGGCGCGUUGGUGCCCAGCAAGUGCUCCAGAUACAGGCUGGGAGAUGUGCUGAGUUUAUCGGACAGAGGCUUUCUGCCCGGGGUCGACGUUAACAUGUCUAAUGUGCCGACUGAGAGCUGUUUGGAUGGGUGGGAGUAUGACCAAAGCGUGUACAUUUCUACCAUCAUAACGGAGUGGGACCUGGUGUGUGACGACAGGUGGAAGAACCCGCUAACUUCUUCCAUCUUCUUCUGUGGUGUUCUCACUGGAUCCUUCGUUUCGGGGCAGCUCUCUGACAGGUUUGGGAGAAAAAUAGUGUUGUUUGUAACCAUGGCAAUCCAGACAGUGUUCACAUUCAUCAUGGUCUUCGCUCCAUCCUGGCCCGUGUUCUGCGCCCUGUUCUUUAUUGUCGGGAUGGGACAAAUCUCUAAUUAUGUGGCUGCGUUUGUGCUAGGGACAGAGAUAUUGAGCCCAAAAGUUCGGACAAUUUAUUCCACCGCAGGUGUGAGUCUUUUCUUUGCUGCAGGCUACAUGUUCCUGCCACUGUUAGCCUACUUCUUGAGAGACUGGAGGAUGCUUCUCUUAGGCCUCACCCUGCCUGGCUUCCUCUAUGUGCCUCUCUGGUGGUUCAUCCCAGAGUCUCCUCGCUGGCUGCUGUCUCGGGGCAGAGUGGAGGAGGCAGAGGCCAUAGUGAGAGAUGCUGCUAAAAAGAACAAAAUCAAGCCACCGCCGGUCAUCUUUAGUCCUUUGCAGAAAGAACUUCAAUGCGAGACGAGUAAGGCCCUCAACAUCUGUGACCUGCUCCGUUCCCCAAACAUCCGCUGGAUCUCCCUCACGCUGUGGCUGGUCUGGAACACCUUGACCAUUGCUUACUUUGCUCUUUCCCUGAACACGGCAAACCUUCACGGUAACGCUUACUUCAACUGUUUCGUGUCAGCUUUGGUUGAGAUACCAGCCUACACUUUGUCUUGGGUAAUGUUUCGCUGGUGGUCCAGACGACUGAGUCUCUCAUCAACCCUCUUCAUGGGAGGAGUGUUUCUACUCUUCGUACAGCUCAUGCCAGCAAACCUGGUUUAUCUCUCCAUAACACUGGAGAUGAUGGGGAAGUGUGCGGUGACGACAGCAUUUGCUAUUGUAUACGCAUACACAGCUGAACUCUACCCAACAGUGUUGAGGAAUACGGCCUUGGGGGCCUGCUCCAUGGCCUCCAGAAUAGGCAGCAUCAUUGCCCCAUACUUCAUUUACUUAAGAAGCUAUUCCGUUUCACUGCCUUACAUCCUGAUGGGAAGCAUUACAGUUGCGUCGGGGUUGCUGAGCCUCCUGCUGCCCGAGAGCUAUGGAAUGCCUCUGCCUGACACCAUCAGUCACAUGCAACACUUCCCCGGAUGUUGUAAGAAGACACCCUAUAAACUCACAAACACAGAAGAAAAGGAAAAGGUUGCAGAAGGGACGUUUUCCCUUGAACAAGGAGCCUCACUGUUAUCUGCCUGAAGCAAAAACUGGAUAACCAUCUUAUCUCCUUACACUUAUAAUACCUGAGAAUAAUAACAAUUGAUGUCACUAGAUUUGUGAAAGCAUUUGACUUCAACUGUACCAUGGAGCUUGAAAGUUAUUUUUAACCUCAUAAACAUGUACGUAACCUAUAAAAAGUGAUGCCACCAUCAUCAUAUCCUCUUAACAGUCAUGUAGAUGAUGAGGAUAAGGAGGGGUUGGUUUUGGUGACUAUAUUAAAGAAUGAUAUGAGAUGUUUUGUUUGUUUGCCAUUAUCUUGUCUGAACAUCCAGUAUCAGGAAGUUCUGUGGUUGUUUGGGUACAUUACCUUGUUGUUUUUUUCUGCUACGGUGACUAUGUUUUACCCCAUAAGCUACUUUCUCUUGUUUGCAUCUGUUGAAUAGUUUGAAGUUGUCCACCAAAACUCUCUGCCAGGAAAAUAAUAGUAAAGGCAGGAACAACAGCCAGAGUCCCCAGUGUGAUAUAAGGCAGGUAUUCAAAAUAUUCACCUGUACAAGGAGAAGGGGAAAAUAAAAGUGUGUACAGAGCAUCCAAACAACAAAUAGGUGCUGAUUAUCCACAUAAAUGUGUCGAUGUGCUUACACAAAUUCAAGUUAAACUACAUAGUAUGGGAGUAAUGGGAGGCGUGUGGCGCAGUGGAAUAGUGCGCUGGUGUUUGGAUCAGGGGGUCACAGGUUCACCCCAAAUUGCUCCUGUGGGGAUUGCCCACAGUAUUGAGUAUGUAAGUCGCUUUGGAUAAAAGUGUAGUAUGUAGUACCUGAUAUUGAAGACAAAUUGACUCACUCAGCUUAACAAAAAAGGAGCAAGGCAGCUUCCUAUUCUGGAAACAGUAAUGCAAACGCCUGUCACUGUGUUCCUGAGCACUGUUGGGUAAAGCUCUGCAGUGUAGGCGUACAUCAGGGAUGUACCGUUGGUGAUAACAAGUGUACCCAUCUCCAGAGCGACAGCCAGCUCUGAUAAAGCUGAAACGCAAGAAAUUGAUUAACAACAGAAUAGAAUGAAAACAAUACCUGCCCCUAAAUUAUCUACUCUGUGAAUUAUGAACUGCAUUAUGUUGGCCCAGAUUUUUUACAAGAAUAAUGCAUUGAAUACAAAAUAUUAUAUCUCUGUAUCCAGCACAAUUCUGACAAUGUUAUAUUAGUGCAUAGCUGAAUCCGUGGAGUACUCUAAGACUGAAAGCAUUUGCUUGGAAGCAUUGCAGUACCAUGAUGCACCAUAUCAUGACACUGCU